AUGAGCUAUAAGGAAGAACUACCGAAGCUCCCAUCAACAGAAGAAACAAAACUUGGAAAUAUUUUAAAAGAAUUGAGUCCAGAAGUUCAAGAUGUUCAUGAUUCAAUAUUACAUAUUUCAAAUAGAUAUAGAAGUGAUUUAACAUCUCAGUUAGAUCAAUCAUUAAAAUUUCAACAACAUUUAUCCAAGAAUUUCGUUAGAUUAAGUAGGAAAACUAAAAGAUUAUAUCAAAAUUCUGAAAAUUUGAACACUUCACUAAAUAAAAAAUUGGAUCAAUUUAAACCUUGUGAUGAUUUGGAACCAUUAACAAAAGGUAUAACGGAUUCUGUAUUUGGUAUAUUGGAUUCAUUGAAUCAAAUAGAGAUGAUUUUACCGUAUAAUGAAAGACUAGGAGUACAAGAUUCGCCUCAUAGAGCACAUUAUCCAAAUUUAUACAAGUUACUGAACCCCGAGGAAGAUGAAUCUACUAUAAGAGAAGAUGAAAUUGAAGGAUUUGAACAAUUGGAUAUAGAAGAGUUACAAGAUUUUGAUGGUGAUGGUGAAGAGAGUGAGGAAGACUUAGAAGAAGUUACUAGUGAUAUUAUUGCUGAUGAAGAACAGAAUGAAGAUGAUCAUAUAGAGAAUGAUGUGACUCGAAAUUUAAAUGAAGAAGAAAAUACUCAGGAGCUUGCUUCUAUAAGGAGUGGGAAACAUAAUGAUGAGGGUGAUGAUACUGAUGAAGGUGAUGAACUAAAGAGUAUAAAAUCUGCCGAAUCUGUUGAAGAAGAAAUGGAGAUUCCGGUUGAGGGUACUAGUCGUUCGAUCCAUGAAACAGAGUUCAAAAACGAGGACGAUUCAGAUACUUCAAAUACCAAUAUAAAAGGAUCAGAAGACACAUCAGACAUCAACACACCAAAACAAGACCAACCAGAGACUACAAAUGAGUUAAACCAAGAUGCAAAUGCUAAUAAAUCUAUACACAAGAAUGGAUCCAAACCAGAAUCCGAUGACGAUGAUGCCAAACGAGAAGAAUUAGAAUCAGUAAUUGAUAAUUAUAAAACAACAAGAUCCUUGAAAAACUCAAGAUCACAAAGUAUAAGAUCUUCAUUCCGUCCAAUUUCAGCUGCAAUUUCAAUUCCUUCACCUUCAAGUGCGGGUAUAACUAAUAUCACAGCAAGUACAUCAACAAGUUCAGGAUCUGAUCAAGUACAGGGUACAAUAGUUGGUUCAUCAUCUUCAAAUGGAACUUCCAGUGUUUUGGCUGAUAAUUUGAAAAAAUAUAUGAAAUCUUAA